AUUGGAUUUUUCUCCCUAAGAAAAGCAAAAAGAGCAUAAUUCUAAAUAAGUGACAAUAUGAGCCACCAAAACUAGAGGUGAGGUGCGGUCGCUGGUCAAAUGUUUAGGGUACUACGACCACAAAGUACAGUCGUCGUGGAUAAAACCAUAAGACAAGCCAUGAAUGACGCAUGUGCUUAUGUAAUUAUUUCGCAUUCAACUUUAAAGAACAUGUGGAAGAUUCCCUAGUCUUAAUGAAGAUAAACCUAAAGAGCUGUUUGCAUCAACGAAAGGAGACUGACUUCUAGAGAGAGAAGAUUCCAAAGGAAGAAUAGAAAUGAAAUACCAACUCCCUUUCAUUGUGGUAGCCAGGUUAGUUUCUUCUACCUCCAAUCAGAAACCUCACUUCCUUGCUCCGUUUUUUAUAUAUAGUUGUGAACCUGACAUUGGGUUGAAGCAGUUAUAGGAACGUAGUUCAGAAAGACACCAGUUCUCCACUUCUUUCUUAAAGUAUCUAGCUAAACUAGUCGCCAAUGGGUUCUGAACCACAUCAGCUUCAUGCCUUCUUCUUCCCCCUCAUGGCUCAAGGCCAUUUGCUCCCAAUCAUAGACAUGGCCAGGCUAUUCGCUAGCCGUGGCAUUAAGGUGACCAUAAUUACUACUCCCCUCAACGCACCCCUCUUCUCCAACACCAUCGAACGUGAUAACCAGUUGGGUCUAGACAUCUCUGUUCAGCUCAUUCCAUUCCCUUCAGAAGAGGUCGGUUUACCCCAAGGCUGCGAGAACUUAAGUUCCUUGGAUAAUUUCUCUGACAUGGCUCCCAAAUUCUUCAAGGCUCUAGACUUGCUCCAAAAACCCUUAGAGGAACUUCUUCAAACACAUAGCCCUCAUUGCCUCGUUGCUGAUAUGUUCUUCCCCUGGGCUACAGACAUCGCUGCCAAGCUUGGGAUACCCAGACUCAUCUUUCAUGGUACCAGUUUCUUCUCUCUCUGCCUCUUGGACUACUUGAGACGAUAUCCACCUCAUGAGAACAUUGAAACCUUCACUGUGGUAGGUCUUCCUGACCAGAUAGAGCUGAGGAGGUACCAGUUGCCAGACCUCUCAAAAACAUCAAGUGAGCUAGCCAAUUUGCUUCAACGCGCCAGAGAAUCAGAGGAAAAGACCUAUGGAGUAUUAGUGAACAGCUUCUAUGAGUUGGAGCCUGGUUAUGCGGAUUACUACAGGAAUGUCAUAGGAAGGAAGGCAUGGCACAUAGGCCCUGUUUCACUCCGCAACAGGGACAUUGUAGAUAAAGCUCAGAGGGGUAACAAAGCUUCCAUUGUCAAUCACGCGUGCCUUAGUUGGCUCGAUUCAAAGAAACCAAAUUCGGUGCUCUACUUGAGCUUCGGUAGCGUUGCCAGUUUCACUGCUUCUCAGCUGUUUGAGAUUGCUAUUGGCCUUGAGUCUUCUGGGUACUCAUUCAUUUGGGUUGUGAAAUCGAACGAUGAGAUUGAGCAGAGGUGGAUGUCAGAUGGGUUUGAAGAGAGGAUUAAAGGGAGAGGUCUGUUAAUAAGGGAUUGGGCACCUCAGGUUUUGAUCCUGGAUCAUCCGGCCGUGGGAGGGUUCAUGACCCAUUGUGGAUGGAACUCGACGCUUGAAAGCGUGAGUGCAGGGGUGCCCAUGAUCACUUGGCCUUUAUUUGCAGAGCAGUUCUAUAAUGAGAAGCUGGUAACCCAAGUGCUGAGGGUAGGAGUGAGUGCAGGGGUUAAUGAAUGGAGUGGAUUUGUGGGAGGGGAAAAGGCAAUAGUGAAGAGAGAGGACAUAGAGAAGGCUGUGGAGCAGUUGAUGGGUGGUGGAGAAGAAGCAGAGCGAAUGAGGACUCGAGCUAUGGAGCUCAAAGAGAUGGCGAGAAGAGCUGUUGAAGAAGGUGGGUCCUCUUAUAACGACUUGACAGCUUUGAUUGAGGAGAUAAAGUUGCAUCCACGGCCGGCAGUCUAGAAUCUAGAUUAAAUUCCACUUGUAUGGAUUUAAAUAGUUCUAAUUCCUUUCGUAUGGAUUUAAA